AUGAAGAGCAGUUUCCACGACUUAAGCAACAGGUCCAUUGCGAAUCUGAAGCAAGCGUGCAAAACAACCGCGCAUCCUCAUGGAAAUCUAAGCCUGGAGUUCCCAAACAAGCUCUACAAUCAGGUCACCCAACUACAGGCCAAGGAUCACAUUGUGUUCAUCCUUCGCACAUUGAAGAACGUGAUGCGGCUCUAUCAUGGGAAGUACGAGAAGGCAGACUGUGACCAGAAGAAGCUGCAGAUCUUUAUCCUCGACAUUCACCGACAGAUCGCGGAGCUUGAGCGAUGUGAAACUGAAAUUGUCGUCAGUGAAGUGAACAAGAAGAUCACAAAGAAAAUGGAAAUGCACUUCAAAAGUUUAAUUUCCCACCUUAAACACACGGAGUACAGCGCGAAUGGCUGGAAGGACGUGGCUGGAAUGAUUCUGCAACACAUAAGCAGGCUCGAUGUCCUGGCCAUCAACACUAAGCAGGACCUCAGCCUUUAA